AGAAUCACUCGACCCAGACCACUUUGUAAUGCUCCUUUCUUUUAAUCUCCCUUGCACGGUGUCGUAGCGUUUGGUGGUGAAGCCAGAUCAGCUGAUAAAGAGACGUGGGAAGCUGGGACUGGUUGGAAUUAACCUCACUUUGGAUCAAGUGAAGGUUUGGCUCAAACAGCGUCUGGGCCAAGAAACCACGAUUGCUAAUGCCAAGGGAGUCCUAAAGAAUUUUCUGAUUGAACCCUUCGUCCCUCACAAACAGGAGGAAGAGUUCUACGUGUGCAUCUACGCUGCCCGUGAGGGAGACUUCCUGCUCUUCCACCACGAGGGGGGUGUGGAUGUGGGAGAUGUUGAUGCCAAAGCUCAGAAGUUGCUUGUGGCAGUGGAUGAGAAGCUCAAUGAAUCGGAUGUAAAGAAGCAUCUCCUGCAGCAUGCACCAGCAAAUAAAAGGGACAUCUUGGCUAGCUUCAUCUGUGGCCUGUUCAACCUUUAUGAAGAUCUAUAUUUCACAUACCUUGAGAUCAAUCCAUUAGUGGUGACUAAGGAUGGAGUCUACAUCCUCGACUUGGCCGCAAAGAUUGAUGCCACUGCUGACUACAUCUGCAAAGUGAAGUGGGGAGAUGUGGAGUUCCCCCCUCCCUUUGGCAGGGAAGCUUACCCAGAGGAGGCUUACAUUGCUGAUCUGGAUGCCAAGAGUGGGGCCAGCUUGAAGCUUACUAUCCUCAACCCCAAAGGCAGGAUUUGGACCAUGGUGGCUGGUGGUGGUGCCUCUGUGGUUUACAGUGACACCAUUUGUGACCUGGGGGGUGUGAAUGAACUGGCCAACUAUGGGGAAUACUCAGGAGCCCCAAGUGAGCAACAGACCUAUGACUAUGCUAAGACUAUUCUCUCCCUCAUGACACGAGAGAAGCACCCUGAAGGUAAAAUCCUGAUCAUUGGAGGCAGCAUUGCAAACUUCACCAAUGUAGCAGCCACUUUUAAAGGCAUUGUGAAAGCCAUCAAGGAUUACCAGGGUCCCCUGAAGGAGCACGAGGUGAGGAUCUUUGUGCGAAGAGGGGGCCCCAACUACCAGGAGGGAUUGCGUGUCAUGGGAGAAGUGGGGAAGACCACUGGGAUCCCCAUCCACGUCUUUGGCACGGAGACUCACAUGACUGCCAUCGUGGGCAUGGCCCUGGGCCACCGGCCCAUCCCCAACCAGCCCCCAGCUGCUGCCCACACUGCCAACUUCCUGCUCAACGCCAGCGGCAGCCCCUCGACUCCAGCACCGAGCAGGACAGCAUCCUUCUCAGAGUCCAGACCAGAUGAGAUUGCUCCAGCCAAGAAGGCAAAGCCAGCAGCACCUCUUGAUUCAGGCCCAGCCUCGAGACCUGGUGCAGGUAAGGCCACCACGCUGUUCAGCCGGCACACCAAGGCCAUCAUCUGGGGCAUGCAGACACGGGCUGUGCAGGGCAUGCUGGACUUCGACUACAUCUGCUCCCGGGACGAGCCCUCAGUGGCUGCCAUGGUCUAUCCCUUCACUGGUGAUCACAGGCAGAAGUUCUAUUGGGGCCACAAAGAAAUCCUGAUCCCAGUCUACAAGAACAUGUCAGAUGCCAUGAGGAAGCACCCAGAGGUGGAUGUUCUCAUCAACUUUGCAUCUCUGCGCUCUGCUUACGACAGCACUGUCGAGACCAUGAAUUAUCCACAGAUCCGAACCAUUGCCAUCAUUGCCGAGGGCAUUCCAGAGGCUCUGACACGGAAACUGAUCAAGACAGCUGAUAAAAAAGGAGUCACUAUCAUUGGGCCUGCAACUGUCGGUGGGAUCAAACCAGGUUGCUUUAAGAUAGGCAACACGGGAGGCAUGCUGGACAACAUCCUGGCGUCGAAGCUGUACCGGCCGGGCAGCGUGGCGUACGUCUCGCGCUCCGGGGGCAUGUCCAACGAGCUCAACAACAUCAUCUCCCGCACCACCGACGGCGUCUACGAGGGGGUGGCCAUUGGGGGGGACAGGUACCCCGGCUCGACUUUUAUGGACCACGUCCUGCGCUAUCAGGAUACCCCAGGAGUCAAAAUGAUUGUAGUACUGGGAGAGAUUGGAGGCACAGAAGAGUAUAAGAUCUGCAGGGGUAUUAAAGAAGGUCGUAUCACCAAGCCAGUGGUGUGCUGGUGUAUUGGUACUUGUGCCACCAUGUUCUCUUCAGAGGUGCAGUUUGGCCAUGCAGGAGCUUGUGCCAACCAGGCUUCUGAAACUGCUGUUGCAAAGAAUCAGGCCUUGAAAGAAGCUGGAGUGUUUGUUCCCAGGAGUUUUGAUGAGCUGGGAGAGGUCAUUCAAUCUGUCUACCAGGAUCUUGUGGCCAAAAGAGUGAUUGAACCAGCUGAGGAAGUGCCUCCUCCAACUGUGCCAAUGGAUUACUCCUGGGCAAGGGAGCUGGGUCUGAUCCGCAAACCAGCGUCCUUCAUGACAAGCAUCUGUGAUGAGAGAGGUCAGGAACUGAUCUAUGCUGGGAUGCCCAUCACUGAGGUCUUCAAAGAAGAGAUGGGAAUUGGAGGUGUUCUGGGCCUGCUCUGGUUUCAAAGGAGGCUGCCCCGGUACGCGUGCCAGUUCAUCGAGAUGUGCCUGAUGGUGACCGCAGACCACGGCCCGGCCGUCUCGGGCGCCCACAACACCAUCGUCUGCGCGCGGGCGGGCAAGGACCUCGUCUCCAGCCUCACCUCGGGCCUGCUCACCAUCGGUGACCGGUUUGGUGGAGCACUGGAUGCUGCAGCCAAAGUGUUCAGCAAAGCCUUUGACAGUGGGAUCAUCCCUAUGGAGUUUGUGAAUAAGAUGAAGAAAGAAGGGAAACUGAUCAUGGGCAUUGGACACCGAGUCAAAUCGAUAAAUAACCCAGACAUGAGAGUUCAGAUCCUCAAGGACUAUGUGAAGCAGCAUUUCCCUGCCACCCCUCUGCUGGACUACGCCCUUGAAGUAGAAAAAAUUACAACUUCCAAGAAACCAAAUCUUAUCCUGAAUGUAGAUGGCUUUAUUGGAGUUGCCUUUGUUGACGUACUCAGGAAUUGUGGCUCUUUCACACGGGAAGAAGCAGAUGAGUAUAUUGAUAUAGGAGCUCUUAAUGGCAUCUUCGUGCUAGGCAGGAGUAUGGGAUUCAUUGGCCACUACCUGGAUCAGAAGAGGCUGAAGCAGGGUCUGUACCGCCACCCCUGGGAUGACAUAUCCUAUGUCCUGCCCGAGCACAUGACCAUGUGAGCACCG